AUGACUAUCAACACCUCUCACCGCCAGGAGCCUGCCUCUGUCAAAAACGAGGGUCUGGCAGCCAACUACGGACAACACCCGAUCUACGACCGCGCUCAACGGCCACUGCAGGUCCUCGUUAUCGGCGCCGGUCCAUCUGGCAUUGCAAUGCUCCUUGAGCUUCUCAAAAUUCCCUUCAUAACGAUUCGGUGCGUCGAGAAGAACGCUGAUGUCGGUGGAACCUGGUUGGAGACGCGGUAUCCAGGCGCCGCUUGCGACGUCGCCAGUCAUGCCUAUCAGUAUAGUUUCAAGUCCAAGACGGACUGGUCCAGACACUUCGCACCCGCCGAAGAAAUUGGAGAUUACUUCAUCUCGGUUGCCAAGACGUACGACCUCUACCCAUACAUUACCUUCAAUUCCCGCGUCAUAUCUGCCGAAUGGAACGAGUCCAAUGCGCUUUGGCAUGUCCAGGUUGUUGAUAGUGCUAAUGGUGACACCGUCGAGACCUUUGUCGCCGAUGUGCUCAUCAACGCCGGUGGCAUCUUGAACGAUUGGGCCUGGCCCGAGAUCGACGGGCUUCAAAGUUUCAAAGGCCACAAAGUACACACCGCUGCGUGGGAUCCUACAAUUGACCUCAAGGACAAAUCAGUAGCUGUUAUCGGAUCUGGAGCCAGCAGCAUACAGGUCGUGCCAAGCAUCCAGCCUGUGGCGAAGAAGGUUGACGUAUAUGUGCGGUCGCCCACCUACAUUCUCCCUACUGUCGGGUUCGGAGUCGAGUCGUCCUCAUUCAAUGAGCCUUAUACGGAAUCGGAGAUUGAGAGGUUCUCGACCGACCUGUCCUACUACAAAGAAUUCCGGAAACGCAUAGAGCAACAGAUGAACGAGAACUUUUCCAGCAGCAGGAAAGCAUCAAGCGAGCAAGCCAAAGCACGUUUAUGGGCGGAGAACAUGAUGAAAAAAGCCAUUGCUUCACCUGAGCUACAAGAAAAGCUUAUUCCCAGCUGGGAACUAGGUUGUCGGCGUCUGACCCCUGGACUUCCAUACCUCAAUGCUGUACAGCAGCCUAAUGUCAACAUCAUUAGGGAUGGUAUCAAAAGGAUAACUGAGGUGGGCAUCGAGACUGAUGAUGGUCGAGUCACCGAGAUAGAUGUCAUCAUUUUCGCCACCGGAUUCGAAAUGUGGAAAGACCGUGGUGCAGAGGCGUAUCUUGGAACGGCCAUAGCGGGAUUGCCAAACUAUUUCACUCUUUUGGGGCCGAACUGUCCCAUCGCGAAUGGCUCCCUGGUGCCUUGCAUCGAGCAGAGCGUGAAAUAUAUCACAAAAGUUCUUGAAAAGAUGCAGAGAGAUCAGAUAAAGUCUCUACAGGUCAAACUGCACGUGCAGGAUGCAUUCAAUGACUACGCCCAGGAAGUUCACAAGGACUUGGUUUGGACGGGUUCGUGCAACAGCUGGUAUAGGGAUAAAUCGACAGGUCGCGUGACUGCAGUUUGGCCAGGCUCCAGCAUCCAUUUCAUGGAGAUGAUCGACACUCCACGAUGGGAGGAUUUUGAAAUUGAAUAUAUACAUCCCAAUCCGUUCAUGUUCAUGGGUAACGGAAUUUCUCAACGCGAGACGGCUGGAGAAGAUUUAACUUUCUGUGAGUUACCCGAUUCCUGUUUAUUUCGCUUCGCUGACAUAUUGGACGAAGACUUAGACUAG